AUGCCAUCCUCAGAAUCGUUGCCAUACGAGAUCAUCUCGGAGAUACUCUCUCCACUUCUUACAGUGCCUGAUGAGCUCUUCGCGGACAUCCAUCCUCAUUCGCCGUUUGCGAGGUAUUCUCGGACGUCAACGUCAACCUAUCUUGUUGUGUGCAAAAAAUGGCUUCAUGCAGCCACACCUUUGCUCUAUAAUACAGUCGUACUACGCUCCAAGGCACAAGCCGAGGCUCUCGCUCGCAUAUUGUCGGUGCAUAACGAGUUCGGAAAGUUCAUCAAAAAGCUACGAGUUGAAGGAGCCUAUGGAGAUGCCAUGCUGUCGAUUCUCGGUAACGCGGCGAAUCUCACAGACCUCCUCGUUUCUCUCGAAAUCUGGUCAGACGCAUCUACGGCUGGUCUCUGUGAUGGUUUCUCUCUUAUAAAUCCGAAGCGCCUUAUCAUCCAGGAAGCAAACAGGCAACGAGACAACAAAAAAGUCGCUAAUGUCAUUAAGGCUCUGGAAUGGGCAAUAGAAAACUCGUGGAAUAAUUUAACGACGUUUUCCUCGCCAUACGCUUGGCCCCACGAAGAACGGGGGGUCAGAUUCCUUCAAUGCUUUGCCAAAGCCGGACGGCUACACACCAUCGUGGCGAGAUAUGAAAAUUCACUAGAGUGGAUAUAUCCCAUUAUCAAGUCGUGUCCGCUUCAGAAAGUCGGGUAUCUGAAGCAAGGACCACAGAAAUGGGCUCAGCGUAAUCCUACUCUCCGAAAACUUAUAGCGAAUUAUGGAAGAUCGCAUUUGCAGCAGCCCUCCCAUGCAGUUAUCAUUGAUGUCGACGGCCUCAAACCUGUUCCUUUCCAUACUCCCAUGGCAAAUGCGCCCCGAGAGAUACGGGAUCUUAUUUGGUCACGCAUUCUCAAGUUUGCGAUCAUGCUCAAACAGUCGAAGACCUCGGUGCGAUACUUGGGUGGGGCUUGCUGCCUUCUACUCGUUUGCAAGAUGUUCUUGAGAUUAGGCCGUCCAAUAUACUACAAAAAUCUAUCUUUCGUUAUGACCACAUCAAAACUCUACAUGUUCGAAAAGUUUCUCGCGGAGUCGCCGCUUGCAACUCGCAUUGAAAGCAUAUCCAGUCCAUCGUAUCGCUGGGAGGCGUCGGCAGGCAUGCCUUGGGGGAUCUUUGAAAAGUUUCUGAGGCGAUCUGGCCUGUCUCUUCAAUACUGCAGUCUGUCGGUUACAAACACCGUAGCCGGCGUUCACAAUGCACGAGAAAUGUUUUCGAUGCUGCCAAACCUUCAACACCUCCAAUGGAACUGCGGAGCUCGAUUCGAAGCUAACAAUGACGAAGAUGGAGGAGAGUUGCCAAAGCUAACGGAGUUGCAUAUCAAAACAGCCCAUCCAACAUUCAUUGACGGUCUGACUGUCACACGGCUUCCAUCACUCCACAAGCUCGUGAUUGCGAUGGCAAAGAAUGUCGGCUACGUCCCAUUUCUCACUACUCAUGGCUCGUCCUUGAGGUCCUUGCACCUCUCGCUAGAAUUAAUCGAUGAGAUAUUCAUUUCCGGCUCAAAACACGAAGCAAUACCAGCACUUUGUCCCUGUGUGACUGAAUUAUCCAUCAUAUGGCCCAUGGGCUCGGCAGGACCGCCACCGCGUGCUGCAUUUAUUCCCGUCAUCGCUGAAGACCUACGACGCAGCACUCGAAAAACACCGGUAGCAUUACCGGCCGUCAAUAUCAAUCCGCGCCGCACAUUCGCUGGAGUCACUCAACUCUUGUUUCAGACACCAUAUGGGUUCACAAAAUCUUAUUACUGUGUUCGUCAUUGGGAGCGUUAUUUGCUCAACUUCGACACUACGCAUUGUCCUACCUUGAAGCAAAUCUGUUUGUCCACUUUGAGUUGGCCUACCAAUGAGCGCGAAAUUCAGCAAAGCACCCUUGUUCGCGCCGCGGAGAAGCUGUUGGGGCGUGGAAUCGAUGUUCUUGGAACUAACAAGGGACACUUUCCACUCAGUAAAGGUUCAGAGGCAACAUCAAGGGCAAUAGAGGGCAAUCUGCAUGUGCAAGCUAAAUGCCGCGAAUCCGCCAAGACCACAUGGCUUCACCGACAGUAUAAAACGGCGCUCCGACCAUCUGCUCUUGUCUUCAUUUCCCUUUUCUUCCCCAUCGUUGCUUUGCCUUUUUCUUCUUCUCCCACCAACCUUUUUACAAUGCUGGCAUUCCGCACCUUUGUCCCCGCCGCUUUCCUGCUCCUCGCAAGCGGAGCUCUGGCUGCCGACUCGAGCAGUGAUGCAACUCUCUGUCUCUUGGGUUGCUCGACGACUGCUGCCAGCGCCACUGGAUGCGCAUUUGAUGACCAGAAAUGCAUUUGUGCCUCGCCCGUCUAUGCCACGAAUCUGACCUCAUGCGCCACUACGACCUGCAAAGUAUCCAAGAGCGAUGUCACCGGGCUGAUUGCCUCAGGCUGCGGUGCCGCAACCCAAUCUGCUCCCGCCCCUGGCGCUAGUGGCAGCAGCACCUCCCAAACCAACUCCCAGUCCAACAAGCAGAAUGCCGCCUCACCCAACUACGGAAGCGUUGGUGUCGCCGCUGUUUCGACUUUCGCGCUUGUCCUUGCUGGUUUGGCUCUUUGA